ACUAGGAGCAAACUAGCAAGACAUGAAGCUGUAGAUUGGAGAGUCUGACCAUGCAGGAGCAGGCUAGGAGAAUGAUGAGAGUGAUUAAUGGGACAAUGGAAAGGUGAGCCUGAUAAACUGGAUGAGGAACAGCUUCCCCAACAGUGGAAAAGCUUUAGCAGAGGCAUUAAGGCAAAACGUACCAAAGUCAUACAGAAACUAUGUGCAGCAGUAGGCGCUGGAAAAUGCUGCUGUCCAGGUAAAAGCGAUGGCUUUGAGGAAGCCGCUAUUGCUGCUGCUCAGGGGGAGAGAUGGCAGAUAGUCAGGGCUUUUGACUCUUAAUUGAAAGACUGUGGCCAUAGCAACACGGUGGACGGACCCCUGCAGAGGGAGUGUGGGGCUGCUCUGAGGUGUGACAGCUGAACCCAGCUGGAGGCUGGUACUGGGCCAAUGAGGUCAGGUUAUGUGGGGUCAUCUGUGUAUAACAAGGCUCUGGGACAUACUGGAGUCAUGUAAUGGGAUGUUAUUGUUGAGUGUGGAGGCAUCGAGAAAAGUCUAGACUCUGGCAGCCACGCCUUCUAGUGUGAGAGUCAAGCUUGUGCCCCACCAAAAAAGGUGAAAAAGGCUCCUGAAAAUCUUUAAAACUAAGACAUGCUCUCUUCUGCCUCACAGAAACCCAAACAGUGAUUUUCUCUGCUGUUUCAACAUUAGUAAUGAUUUCAGUGAAAUUAUUAGAGAAGAAACUGGAAGUCUCCAGUAGCUCUCCUGUUGAGGUGCCUGAAACUGUUUCCUAGUUCAGAUCCAAAUGGUUUAAAACUUUUCAAGAUGAUAGACACUGGUUUUCUUUGUUAGCUUGUCCUGAUAAAUAUUCCGAUUUUAUUUAAAUAUUUUGUCAGCUUUAUGCAAUCAUUAUCAAUAAUAUGUGUUCUGAAGCUUACUGUAAAGUGUGUUUGGAGGUGCUGAAGAUAGGUACCCUAUAGAUAUAAAAACGCUGAAGUCACAUGGCAGAGCUGAAAAAUACCAACUUCAGUGGAUGAAGUUAUAUUUAACUUGCUCACAUUUUUCAAUAAGGCUGAUAAAAGCUAUUAGGUUAGCAGUUAUCAAGUUAACUUACUUAAGUUAUUUUGUGUAACACAGGUAUAAACUUUAAUUUUUAAUUAAUUCUAAAUUAAACUUACAAAAAUAUGGUAAAAACCUGAUCGUUCCCAUCAAGGUAAUUACAAUUGCAGUUAUUUGACAUUAAAAGUUAAAAGAAUGUUUGAUUUGUAUGAAGCUUCAACAAAUUAUUUAUUAACACUGUUGCAGAACGUCUUGAGUAUUUUACUAAAUGAUAAAAUGAUCUACACCUGAUUGACUGUCUGUGACCAGCAGGGGGAUUUGUUCUCACAUGAAGCCUCCAGAAAAGAACCCUUUUGAUGAACCCCUAGACUGGAAGGCCCCAAUGCUUCAUGAAGCCUCAUUUGGGCAUCACUACUGUUCUCCAUAUGUUAAUCUUACAUUGCUAUCCUUGUAUGUAUGCAGAUUUUCUCAUUACAUGUUAGUAUACAAUUCUCUACAUGUGCUGUUACCUCCUCACCCGUUUGCCUAUGUGUGCACAUCCAGCAAGGCCUGUCCUCUUAAGGUAUUCUUUACAGUCAGACAUAAUUUACUAAAUAUCUUUAAACUUUUAGAAUUAGUUUUGUGGAAGUUUAAGUGUGUUUUUAGCAGCUAGAGAAAAGUUUGCUUGGUUAAUGUUGUUUUGGAAUUUGUUUCUGCUGUUCUGUUUUACUGUUAGCUUGCUUAAGUUAAAGAUCAGUUGCAUUUGUUUAUUACCUGAUAAGAUUAUGGGUUUUAUUUGUUGUAUGUGUUACUGCUUUUGUGCUAUGGUUUCCCAGGAAAAGGACAUUUAAUUUCAAUGAGACAUUUUUUUUUAAUGGAGUCAAUAUGCAAUUAAAAGACAUAAUUAGUAUAGAUAUAAAAAAUAUAUUUAGGUUGGUUGAAGUUGGGAUUCGAGGAAACUGAAAAAAAAUCAAACUAAAUGGUAGUCACCUCUAAUAUUUAGUUGUUUUUUUAAUCAAACUAAAUAGUAGCAGUAGACAAACUGUACUGUGCCAUAUGUUUUUAUACUGAACUGUCUCCUUUCAGUGCAUGAAAAAUUCAGUUAAUUAUGAGGCAGGUAACUACAAUAAAAAAAAUGUGUUAUAAUAUAAGGCUAAGAGUUCAGUUUACAAAAACUGCAAGCAGUAAAUUUAGUUCUGCAAUGGUGACAUUUAAGAAGAGCAACAAAUGCAAACAGUAGCGAUAUGAAUAUAGAGCCGGCUCUUUCAUGGUCAGAACAGAUGCAUUCACACUGCUGCGAGACAGCAGAGAGUUGCACAACCUCCACCCACACAAUCAGACCCACUUCUACACAAGCAGCCUGCAGAGGUGAUCUACCUCACAAAUGUGACGUCUAUAACGGAGUGUGCUAUUUCUAACAUGUGCUUUCAACCAACUGCUCAUUUCAUCCUGUGUGCAUCCUCCCAGUGCUCAAAAUGGUGUUCUUUACUGGACCUACACUCCUGUUGUUGAUGACUUUGAGUCUGUUGUCUGCUGAAGAAACUGAUUACUUAGAGGUUGUUUACCCUCAGACAACCUUCAUUGCUUUUACAGGAUCCUCAGCCAAACUAUCUUGUGAGGCAAAUUAUGACCCUCAGAAGUGUGGAAUGGUGCAUGUGGUGUGGCAUGAGAUCGCAAAGAAUACUGAAAAAAGCAUGGAGCUGACUGACCCUAAGCGGUACUUCACUACAGUCAACGAGACAACCAACGACACAAAGAGACGCAGACAAGUCGUGACUGAGAUUAUCAGUGUGACAACAAAGGACAAGGGUCGAUAUCAGUGCAAAGCUACAUGUCUGACUGGAGAGCAAGCAAUGGGACAUUUCAUCACUAUCGAUGUCAGACGUAGAGGAUUUGCUUGAGCUGCUUCUUUUCCAAAAGGAUGAGAAAAAAAUAAUCAUGGGUCAUCAUAUGUCUCUCUGAAUCGUCACUUUUUUAUCUAAUUAGAUCAAACUUUAUUCUUCUGCAUAUAAACAUUUUUCUGUUUUUCUAUAUUAUUACCUAAUGUUACUGCUUCACCUUCUCAGUUGGUAAUAUUUUAUGAAUCUCCCCUGGCCUUUAAUAUGCUUUUAUGUGUAAGCAAUACCAGCAGAUUCUCUGCAAAGAUUAGGUCCAAAUAUCACGUUAAAAUGAAGAAGAUACACUGUUUUUAGAGAAACUAUAGGAACCGGGUUGCUGAUAUGAAUAGCAUCUUACAUAAGGAAAGAUAGUACAUGACGCACAAGUUGUGGAAAAAAAAAUAAGGCAAGGUCUUUCGGGAAGUUCACACAACAAUAACAGAACAUUACGUAACACACACAAAAACAUUUAUCACAACCAAAUCUCAGUCCUCUCUGACCUGGUCCGAGAAAUCCUUCCUGAUAGCUUCUAGGGUUUGGUCUGCAGCAGAACUCACUAGCUAAACGGGAGCCAAGUUUCCAGGGGAGGAGAGUUCAUGAAGUGCCAUUUAACCAAUCAGAGGGAAACUUUGGGUAAUAUGAGUGCUAUCUUGCAUUAGAAGGCCAAUGUAAAAUGUAUUUGUAUUUUUUUAAACUUAGACCUCUUUAAAUAAAACAAUUUAUUACUAUAAAAA